AGAGUCACCCACAUUUCUUUGUUGGUGUGUUUAGUAGUCCACUACCAAACACGUCUGCGUCUACACGGACAGCAAACGCAUGCGCCAUCCCGGAGCCACCAGCAACAGUGACAAUCAUCCCAGACUGGUACCAGUGAAAAAAGUGGGGUUUCAUGAGCCAUAGAUGAAUUGUUAUGGUGACAAAUCUCUAGAAGUCUUUUAAAGGCAAACCCGUACAACCAUCAUUAUGGAGUAGCUCUUUUUGACAUAGAAUUGUUUUGGUUGUCCAAUUGGUGGAAGUGGGAAAAAAAGUGUGAAAAGUGGAAUCCCAGCUUCUUCCAGUGCUACUUUUUGUUUCUGUCCAUUUGUCAUGACGCUUUCACGGGUCGAAGUGGAGGAAGAGUAACGCCCCAAUAUGGAGAGUUCAGCAGUUAUGACUACGUCCAUAGGCAUGAAACUUUUCAUGGUAAUGGUGUUAAUGCUUUCUGGCAAUGGACAAUUUUCAAAAGGGUUUGAUACAAAUGUGUCGGGAAGACCUGAUGUUUUGAACAUUGGGUCUAUCCUAACAUUGAAUUCUGUUAUUGGCAAAGUUGCAAAAGUUGCUAUAGAUGCUGCAGUAGAAGAUGUGAACUCCAAUCCAGCAGUUCUUCGAGGAACCAAGCUGAAUAUUACAACUCUUGACAGCAACUAUAGUGGAUUUUUGGGGAUAGUCGAGGCUAUUCGCUUCAUGGAGACUCAAACAAUGGCCAUCAUUGGCCCCCAAUCUUCAGUUAUAGCUCAUGUGAUAUCCCACAUUGCAAAUGAGCUCCAAGUUCCUAUGUUGUCUUAUGCUGCAACGGACCCUACCCUUUCUUCACUUGAGUAUCCGUUCUUUGUUAGGACCUCACCAAAUGAUCUGUUCCAGAUGGCUGCAAUAGCAGAACUAGUUGAAUAUUAUGGAUGGAGAGAGGUAAUAGCAAUCUAUAUUGAUGAUGAUUUCGGAAGGAAUGGAAUAAUUGCAUUAGCAGAUCAACUGGCAGCAAGACGUUGUCGGAUCUCUUACAAAGCACCUUUCACCGCUGAUGCCACCAUCUCAGACAUCAGGGAUGUGCUGGUGCAGGUAGCCUUAACAGAGUCUCGCAUUCUUGUUGUACACACUUAUCCUAACAGUGGUUUAGAUGUAUUUUCGGUGGCGCAAUCUCUAGGGAUGAUGGACUCUGGAUUUGUGUGGUUUGCUACAACUUGGCUGACAACCAUAUUGGAUAUCAAAAACCACUUUGCUUCAGAGGCAUUUAACAACAUACAAGGGGUUAUCACGCUGCGUAUACACACACCAGAAUCACAAAAGAAAAGGGACUUCAUCUCUAGGUGGACUAACUUGACAAAAAAAGUGUCAGCUCGUAGUCCUAUAGGGAUGAAUACUUAUGCUCUCUAUGCCUAUGAUACAGUUUGGCUGCUUGCUCAUGCCAUUGAUGCUUUUUUUGAGAAGGGUGGAAACCUAUCAUUCUCCUAUUAUUCAAGGUUGGGUGAAAUGAGUGGAGGGAGCCUGCAUCUAAAUUCCAUGAGUAUAUUUAACGGAGGCAAAUUACUGCUUGACAGAUUAUUACAAAUCAAUAUGACUGGGGUAACGGGAAUGUAUGGUUUCACUUCAGAUAGGAACCUCAUUCGCCCAGCCUGUGAAGUCAUUAAUGUGAUUGGAACAGGAUUGAGGAGAAUAGGUUUUUGGUCUAAUUAUUCUGGAUUGUCAAUUGCUCCUCCGGAAACACUUUAUACAAAACCGCCAAACCGUUCUAGUUCAAAUCAACAACUGUAUAAUGUGGUGUGGCCUGGACAAACAACUCAGAAACCUCGUGGCUGGGUUUUCCCUGACAAUGGAAGGGAAAUGAAGAUUGGAGUCCCAAACCGAGCAAGUUUUCGUGAAUUUGUUCAAGAGGUACCUGGCGCUGAUACGUUCAAAGGAUACUGCAUUGAUGUUUUUACUGCAGCCCUUAACUUGUUGCCAUAUGGUGUCCCUUAUAAACUAGUGGCAUAUGGGGAUGGUCGUACUAACCCAAGUGGCACAGAACUUGUGAGGUUGAUCACUGCUGGGGUUUAUGAUGCUGCUGUUGGCGAUAUUGCAAUAACCACCAACCGUACGAGGAUGGUGGAUUUUACUCAGCCAUAUAUUGAGUCUGGUUUAGUGGUGGUCGCACCAGUAAGGAAGUCGAAUUCUAAUGCUUGGGCCUUCCUGAGGCCAUUUACUCCUCAAAUGUGGGCUGUUACUGCAAUAUUUUUUCUCAUUGUGGGAGCUGUUGUUUGGAUUUUGGAGCAUAGGAUGAAUGAUGAAUUUCGUGGACCUCCCAGAAAGCAAGUUGUGACUAUCCUAUGGUUCAGCCUUUCAACUCUAUUUUUUUCCCAUAGAGAAAAUACUGUGAGCACCCUUGGUCGCGUUGUUCUUGUUUUCUGGCUGUUUGUGGUCCUUAUAAUCAACUCUAGUUACACUGCUAGCCUUACGUCUAUCCUUACAGUUCAGCAACUUUUUUCACCAAUUAAGGGAAUUGAAAGUUUAAUAAGUAGCGAAGAUCGCAUUGGCUACCAACUGGGCUCUUUUUCCCGUGAUUAUCUCAUUGAGGAGGUCGGCAUACAUGAGUCCAGACUUGUCCCUCUUAAUAUGCCAGAAGACUAUGUAAAAGCCUUGAAAGAUGGCCCCAGGAAUGGUGGAGUCGCUGCUGUGAUCGAUGAGCGUGCCUAUAUAGAACUCUUUCUCUCAACUCAAUGCGAAUUUAGCAUUGUUGGUCAAGAGUUCACCAAAAAUGGAUGGGGAUUUGCCUUCCCAAGGGACUCUCCUCUGGCUCUUGACAUGUCCACGGCAAUUCUGAAGUUGUCAGAGAGCGGUGAACUCCAGCAGAUCCAUGACAAAUGGCUGCAGAGAAGUGCCUGCAGUUCACAAAGUACAAAGCUUGUCGUGGACAGACUUCAACUGGGAAGCUUUUCAGGCCUCUUUUUUGUUUGUGGAUUAGCAUGCCUACUUGCUCUGCUUGUAUAUUUCAUACUCAUAGUACGCCAGUUCUUGCGUUACCACUCUGAGCCUGAGUCAGAAUCAUCGGGUCAAAGCUCGCGCUCAGCACGAAUCCAGACAUUCCUUUCGUUUGUUGAUGAGAAGGAAGAAUCAGUUAGAGCCCGAUCCAAGCGAAGGCAUCUGGAGGGGGUCUCGAAUUUAAGUAACUAUGAAAACACAGCUGAAAAUGGUUCUUCUAAGAGAUACCGUACAGAAAUGUUGUCAAAUAGAAGCGUCAGCUUUGGCGAUUUAGACUAAAAGUGUGUGGGUAUUUUGUGGAUUCUUGCCUUGCUUUCUGUCACAGUGUCACCCCAUGAUGCUUGCUCCUUUGCUAGUUUAAACUGUAAUUAUGUGUACCUUGGUGCGGUGUUUUAGAAAUCGAAUUCUGGAAGAAUGUGUCAUCUGGAGCUCAGGUAACAGCUUUAACAUAAUGAAAAGAAUAGAACAGGAUUGUUUUUCCA